AUGGACCUCAAAAGUGAUUCGAGCUUCACCGGACAUAUCAAUCGCAGCCGAACAGCCCGGCGCCUGCUCAUGGCGCGCGACAUGUCCGACCCAGCACUCUACGUCACUUGCCUCUUGUUCUCACCCAUGACCAGCACGCUAUGUCAAAACAUGUAG